UUACCUCUCGGCCAGGAUAUUAAAAGCUCAGUCCAUCCUCAGCAUUCUCAGGAGCCCUCCUGCAAGUCCAUGAAGAUGAACCGACUCUGCCUCUCUGCAGCCCUUCUCAUCCUCCUGGUUAUCCUGGUGGAUGGCAUCCCAAAAGGUCAUGAGAUGAGCCAUGGACAGCAACUGACGAUAACUUCAAAACCGCGCUUAUCUCCAAAGCAAGACGAACAUGCAUUUGCAGCAGCUUCUAAGCCUGCCUUCUGCCUGAGGCGUAAAUUAAUAGGUCCCUGCAAGGGCAAGAAGAUAAGGUACUUCUACGAUGCCAAGACCGGGCGAUGCCAACGCUUUUUAUACGGUGGCUGCAAAGGGAACAGGAAUAACUUCCACAGCGCAGGGCAGUGCAUGAAAAUCUGCGGUCAUGCGGCAGGGUCCCUGACUACAGGCCAUGGGAAGAGUCAUGCUCCAAAACUCUGAAGUCUGAGGAGGACCCAUGAAAGUCUGGGCUGUGGCAGCUCCUGAAACAGUUCAGUCUCCUUGCAUUUCUUCUUUCCCCUACCUUCCUCAGCAGAGCCUGCCUAUUUCCUUUCCUCCAUGAUGCUGAGAGACUUCCCUGGUGGCUCAGAUAGUAAAAGCGUCUGCCUACAAUGCGGGAGA